ACUCCUGGGGUCUGCCAACAGCCAAAAUGUCCAAAGGGCCUCUCAUUCUCUGGGUGCUGAUUGAGCUGUGGCGGCUUUAUCUGACUCCAGCUGCAUCAGAGACGGUCAUGACAGGGUUUUUGGGUCAGUCGGUGACUUUGCCCUGCACGCACUCGUCGUGGUCUCAUGACAGCAAUAGCAUGUGCUGGGGCAAAGGCGAGUGUCCCAACUCCAAAUGCAAUGACGAGCUUCUCCACACCGAUGGGACGAAGGUGCUCUCGAGGAAGUCAUCCAAAUAUGCACUUCAGGGGACUAUCAGGAGAGGCGACCUGUCCUUGACCAUCCUCAACACCAACAGAGGUGACGAAAGCGUGUACUGCUGCCGCAUAGAGGUGCCCGGCUGGUUCAAUGAUGUGAAGAGAAACAUUCGUCUGAAGCUAGUAAAAGCCCCAACAACCACCCGUCGCCCAACCACCCGUCGCCCAACCACCCGUCGCCCAACCACCCGUCGCCCAACCACCACCACUGCUAUGACAACCACCACAGCUGUGCUCCCAACAACAUUUGUGACUACACCUGACCUUACCACCAGAACACCUCUUGAGACAAAAACCACCACUGCCCUCACAACGGCAACCACUUGCCCUCUGACAACGCUUCCCGAGGAAACCACAAUUCUUCUGACCACUGAGCCUUCCACAAAAAGGCCCACCCUCACUACAGAAUUAGAAACUUUCCAUUUCUCUAGUAACUCUCAGACAAGCACCGAGGUGACUUCUGAAGACACUGCCUUACUCACGUCCAAAGAGUCCACAACUUGGGUUUUCCAGUCAACAUCCAAGGUACCGAUAUGGGAAAUAAAUAACUCCAGGACUUCUCUUCAUAAGAAAAUGCCCAACAACCUGCUGCUGAUCAUUGUGCCCUCCCUGGUGGUAUUCCUGCUGUGUGCAUUGACUGUGGCGUUUCUUCUUCGAGGGAAAGUCAUGAAAGCCAAUUGCUUCCAGAAACACACAAGGCUAGACAACGUUGGAGAAAGUAAAAAUGUCCUCGAUGACAUGCAGCAAGGAAGAGAAGAUGAAGAUGGCCUUUUCACACUCUAAUAUGCCCCUUUUUCUUAGGCUUGAGGACAGGGGCUUUAUGGGUGAAUUGUUAAAUAAGAGUGCUUGUUUUGUUUU